UAUUUGCCGUUUGGAGGGAGAGUGAUAGUGAAACUGGAUUUCUGCGCGUUCUGGAAUUUUGUCGACUGCGGGUGCACGCAGUGUUGCACAGCGGGGGAAUCUAACGACCCGGCCCCACGCAAGUUUGCAGGGUUGAGAAACUCCGAGAAAAUUUGACAGGUCUUCUCGAGUUCAAGUGUGUGUAUCCCUUGCUUCUGUUUUCGACUUCGUGCUAACUGCAGCAGAAACAGCAGUCAACUUUCGGCUCUUUGUCCGCGCACACGAUUCUUCGCAUUUGGAACUUGUCGAGUGUGUGCGUCGCCACUUGUCCGUGUGUAGCGUCGCAUCUCUCCUGUCGUGGACUGGUGUGGUUUUCAGAAGGGAUGAAAACACGCUAAGGGCAGCUACAGUUCUUGCAUCAUGUCCUGAAAGUGGGUGUUGUUUCUCGCAGUGUGUCCGACCUCGCGGGCGGCUAAAACACGGUUCACCCGUAAGGAUCGGAUAUUGUCCCAAAAAAGAGCCCCAGCAAAGGCUGAAACUUCCACUGGCUUCAGCUUUCCAUGCAAGUUGCUUGGGGGAGACUUGCACACAGUGCUUCGCAGUCACUGGUCUUCCCCGAGAUAGCUUGGAAUGCGUUUGUUCCCCAGAUUUUCCCACCCACCUUUGAGCAAGACAUCAACGGUGCUGUUAAAGCAUCCAUUGUGUGCGUGGGACAGUCGGAGCAUCCGCUCACAAGACUGCGUCGCGGGUGAGUUAGGGCGCUGCUUGUCUGGACCGCGUAGGACGAAUUCGUUUCAAGUGAAUUGGUCGCAGUGGAGCAAACGCUGCGGCGGUGUGUUUUUUACCACCUUCGAGGAAAAGCCUGUUCUCUACCAAGCGUCGCUCAAGAGCGUUUCCACCAGAACAGAGUUUCACGAUCCCUGCCACGGGAGACGAGUGAACUAUCACCAAAACACUCCCGCACUCCUCACUGCGAGCAGCGGCGCCCAUUCACGAAGAGUCGACAAAUUGGGGCUUUCCUUGUUGACCGGGUGCGACCUCCACUUUCACUCACUUCAUUCACAGUUCGCUUCAGCAGAGAUGGAGGGCAUGAUGGAGGCACCCGCGCGCUUCAAGAGCGUCUCGAGCGAGGAUGCAAACCGCAUAGCCCCCAUCCGAACAGCUGUUACGAUAACUGAAGAUGAGGAGACCCUGCAGGCUCCCAUCGUUUGGGUUGACUGUGAGAUGACUGGACUGGACGUGGAAACAGACCAAAUAAUCGAAAUCGCGGUCAUUGUGACGGACGGCCAGUGCAAAAAACGCAUCGUUGGACCGAACCUAAUUGUGCACGCCAGUGACGAACUUCUAGAUGGAAUGGAUGAAUGGUGCAAAAAGACCCACGGGGAGUCAGGGCUAACUGCAGCCUGCCGGAAGUCGACUCUGACUCUCGCAGAUGCUGAGGAGCAAAUUCUGGAAUUCGUACAGAAACACGUCGCGACGACGCGCGUCGCCCCGCUAGGUGGGAACAGCGUGCACGUAGACAGGCAGUUUCUCGUGAAACAGAUGCCCCGACUCAUAGCACAUCUCAGCUACCGAAUAAUCGAUGUGUCCACCAUAAAGGAACUCGCGAUGCGGUGGAAACCCGAGUUGCCACUGGUCAAGAAGGCGGCCAACCACCGCGCACUCGAAGACAUACAUGAAAGCAUCGACGAACUCCUUUACUACACUCGGCAUUUGUUUCGGGUUGACCAGUGACCGAGUUCGUCUCACGGAACUUGUCUGAGUAUGGGCAGUUUGAGCUUUUCUGUGUGCAUAAUCCGUGUCAGUUUUUAAGAGGAACUGCGAUUUUCGGCGCACGUUUUAAAGACGAAGGUUAUUUCCUGUGUGCAGUUCGCGUGCUGUUUCGGUGGGACGGAAAAUUUUGCAAGUUUUGUUCGACAGGGU